UAAGUACGCAAUAAGCACUCGUCGCGCGUUCAACUUAUAUACUAUCGUUGUACAAUAAGUCACUAACUUAUUUAUUUCCUUUCCUCGAUUGGUGGUGGGUUCUCCGUUGCCGUAACAGCACUAUGCAACAAAUGUAAUAGCUUACUAAUUAAUCAUUAAGUAAUCAAUUAGUCAUGGCCAAUGCUAAAAGUAGACUUAAGGCACCCAAAAGUGCACCUACAAAGUCUAGGGGUCGUGGUAGACCAAAAAGUGGUUUGACAGUGACCAAAAAGGCAGUUAAAUCAGUCAUGAGAAGAAAUAUCAAUGGGAAAUCUACGGUGAGUGAAGAUAAAGUGCAGUUUUUACUCCAAAAUGGAUCAUUAAUGAAGGAAAUAACAAAUGAAGCAUCAAAGAGUAAAAUUGAAGUGAUGUUAAAUAGCAGGCUAAUGAGUAAAAGUGGUAGAAUUAGGAAGAAAAGUAAAGAUCAUUUGAAGUUAAUAGAUAAUAUUUUGAAGAGUGAACUAAUGAUUGAGGAUAUAAAGGCAAGAGCGAAAGCGUCUAGUGCAAAUAAUAACAAUGAUAGUGAAACUAGUGACCAAAAUGAAACAGUGUCAUCAUCAAACAGCAUCAUACCAAAGAACAAUGUUAAAAAAACAGCUGUAGAACCAAACAAGAAACUGAAAAAAAAUAUGAGAUGUAAGUCUAAAACAACAGAGAAAAAAUCAUCAAAAUGUAAGACCAUGGUUAAUAAUGAUCUGUUACCAUUAAUCCCUGUAUUUCAGUGCCAUGAUUGUGGCAAAACAUUCAACACAAAAUCAUCAAUCAGCAGACACAUGUAUAUACAUCUUAAUUUAAAAACUCACAAAUGCAAUGUUUGUUCGAAGAAGUAUCGCAAGAAAUCAAAUUUGCAAGCACAUAUGAGGCAACGGCAUCUUGACACAGUUCCAGCCAGCCAGUCAGAGCCACAGUAUGAAAUGUGCCAUAUAUGUGAUACAACACAUGAAACAUUGAGUACACAUUUAUCUACUCAUAUUGGUAAUGAUAAUUUCUUACAAUGUGUUUAUUGUGAUAAGAAAUUCUCUAAUCAUGUUAUACUUGUACAGCAUGAGAAGCAGCAUCUUGUUAAUGGUGGGUUUCAAUGUACUAUUUGCAAUAUGAGUUACAGUACUAGUACCCUGUUGGAUAUGCAUAUGAAACGGCAUUUGAAUAUAAAACAAUACAUCUGCCAGUACUGUGGCAAGGAGUUUCUGAGGAUUAACUCGAUGCGUAGACAUGUUCAGGUGUGUCAUGCUGGAUUAAGGAUACAAUGUCCAAUAUGCAAGAAAAAUUUAAAGGGACAUCUCUCUGAACAUAUGCGAGUGCAUGAGAACAAACGUCCCCACGAGUGUGCACAAUGUGGGCAGAGGUUUACACAAUCCACCCAACUAAAUGUUCACCUCAGGUCUCAUACGGGUGAUAGGCCAUAUCCAUGCAGGAUUUGCGAUCGCCGUUUCUCUCAUUCAAAUGCAUUAAUCCUACACAUUAGGCGACAUACAGGAGAGAAGCCAUUUCAGUGUGCCAUGUGUCCAUUAUUUUUUUCCCAAUUACCUCACAUGAAAGCACACAUGCGCAACAUUCAUCGUAAAGAAAAUGCAUACAAAUGUCAAAAUUGUAAUCAAUUUUUUAAGUUAAAGGCCCAUCUGGAGAAACAUAUUACAACCUGUGUAAUAGGUGACAAGGAACCAAACUUUCAAGGGAACAUUGAAGCCUCUGUAAAGUCUGAAGAGAUCGAAGUUGAGUCAGUUAUGAGUCUAUCUCGGAUGAGGUACCUUUUGGCACUACUGCUCACUAUGAUCGCCACGAAAGCCAAACUCAAAUAUUUAGGUUUCAACAAACGUUCUAUCGACGAUAUACUCGUCGAAUCUCUCGAAGGCAUGGGUCAGAUAGCAUGCAAGGACGAAAGUUUGACGCCACUGCAGCGUCUAAAAACUAACAUACAGAUACUAUUGAACGGUACCGUGCCCAAGGAACAGAUGGAGAAGUUUAAAAUGGAGAACAAGACCACAGAAGACAUAUUGGAACUUUUGACUGAUGAACAGAAAACUACUUGAAAGAGACGACAGUGACGUGUCCGAUUCGAGGGUUGGUGCAACUGAGCAAUUUAGGUAAGGCGGGUCCUGCCUUAUGCCAUUGGAAUACCAAUACAUUUGUUUUACUUAUCAAUAUAAAUGUUUAUUGCCAUUUCUUAACAGUUUUUACGUGAAAUCUACUUAGAUAAUUUACAUCACAUAUUAAGAUUGUUCAAAAAAUAAAACAUUACGUAUGUCGUUAUACAGUUCUGAAAUAAGAGUGUAAAAUUUAAUGCUUGCCGCCAAACAAAGUGAUGAGUCCAAAGAUAUAUAAAAUUAUUUUUAUUAUCUAUUCAAUACUAGCUUUUAAGAUUCCGUUUGUGUUUUCAUUUUGAUAUUUCUGAAUGAUUGUGCCAUUGCAUUGUUAUUGAUCUUUAAUAUUUGUUAUAGAAGGAAUUUUUAUUACUUACUGAAACUUUUUUUUAAUAAUUAUGUCUGAUAUUUUUUAUUAAAAUAGGUCACAUAAUAUUUUAUCUAAAGUGUCUCGUCGGGUUUCCUUAUGACAUCUGCACUGGCGGCUUUGUUGACACUAAUACCUUUAAUAUAUUGCUAGUUGUUGGAAAUAAUUUUUGAUCAAUAUCAAACCUCUAUCCGUUUUUGGAAAAUGGGGGUUACAAUCCCAAAGUUUAUAAUUAUUUUUCUACGAAACUAUGAUAUAUAUUUGAAUAAAACCAAAGCGACAUGGAAGCAUUUAUUGUUAAAGAAUACGAAAUAAUUACUUGAUGAGUGUAAUAAUGAAAUUCCAGAAUACUGUAAUACGAUACUCCAACUAAUAAAAAUAACGCCUUUUAUAUUAUUAUUUAGGCAGUUUUUUUUAGAAAACCCCAUAUUACAUUUAUCAUUAUUAUGCUUACUUACAUACAUUUUUUUUAUAUAUAUGUUUCACCCAUGUGUGAUGGGUCUCAUCUAUGCAAUUGUUAUGUAUUACAGUUAAAUAUAUACUGAAUAUAUGUUUUUUUUUUUUGGUAGAUGUACAUCAAGAAUUAGCCGCUAAAAACAAACCCUAUUUUUAUUAAAAAAAAAUAUACAUAAUGUAAAGCUAAUUAGAAGCUUCCAUGUCGCUUUGGUUUUAUUCAAAUAUCUAUCAUAGUUGCAUAGACAAAUAAUUUUAAAUCUUGGGGUUGCAACCCCCAUUUUUCAAAAACGGUUAAAGUAGAAAUUUGGAAAUUUAAAAAAAUUAUAUCCAACAACUAGCAACACUAUAUAUUAAAGGCACCAGUGUCAACAAAGCCGCCAGUGCAGAUGCCACGAGGAAACCCGGCGAGACCCUUUCUUUUUACUGAAGUUCAUUUUUAUUGAACGUUGAUACGCACGCUAAUUGUGAAUGUUGUUUUAUGUGUAUUGUUUCUCUUAACCCAGUGCCAUCGGUUGUUUGUUUGUAAAUUAUUUGCUAGGGGACUCAAUUGUUAUUUUUAAUUUAAGUAUCAUUAAUUGAUAUAACUAAUAUUAAUUAAAUUGUCGACGUGAGUAGUAAAUUAUUAUUUAUUAUUAGCAAAGAUGUAGGUUGAAGAAUAGUGAUAAGUAUCGUAACAAUAUCCUAUCUUUAUAUGUUAUAAUAUAAUCCUAAGUCUGGCUACGAUAUUGUAUACCUACGUACACUUAAGGCUUGCGCAGACGGCCAUUUGUCUGUAAUUUUUUUAUAUGAGUAUUGUAGCAUGCAAUUUUAGUUAUUUUUGUUAUUGGGAUGAAAAUAGAAUGCCUAUUCUAACAGUAUGCUAUAGCGGAGCACCAGUGGAGUGAGUCUGCAAACCACGAUGGUUUCUAGCGGUGACCGCGUGGAGAUCGACUUGACAACCCUUUCAUAUGAUCCAUUUCUAACAAUAUACUUACCCAUAUUGUUAGCAAUGGCUUAAUUACUUCCCCCCUAAACCGAAGUAGUCUCGUUGAAUUUAAACGUCUCAGAAGACGAGGCAAAAAUUUUGUAUACGUACAAAAUCUUCAUAUCUUUAAAGAUUGUUUUUAUCAAUAUUCAUCAAAUUAAACAAGCUUUCCCUAAGGAGACUAGUCAAAAUUUUAUUAAUAUGACAUAAAAAAAUAAUAAUGUUGUAUAAACAUCCUGGAUGGACGUUUGUUAUUCAAUCGCACUUAAAUGAUUGAAUAGAUUUAAAUUUGAUGCAUUUUACUAGACUAUACCUAUCCUAACUUAAUAUAUAGAAUGCUUUAUAUAAGGUUUCAUGCGAAACCGUGGCAUAUAAUUAGUAGGAAAACGUUUAUUUAACAUUUCAUUCUAAAUCAAUCAAGCAAAUAAGUGCUUGUAGUGAAAGUUCGAGAAAUAUUUAAAACUAAUAUGUUUUAUGGAAAAAGUUGUUCAAUUUUUUUUUAAUCGUAACGUCUGGUAACCGUACGUAGCUAUUAAAUAUCAUAAUCCGUCAUUAUAAAGACUUGUUUUUAUCAUGAUAGAAGUGUAGGACGUCAGUAGCAAUACAUAUAAUAUUUAUUAUGUAGGUGUGUAAGAUUUAAUUAAUAAUAUUAAAUCAUAUUUAAGUGACUGUGUGUGGUGUAGUGACAUGCAAAUUGUCUAUGGUCUACGCUAAUAUGGAACUUUUUGUUUGCGGAUAAAAUUUCCUUUUUUUUUCCAGCAUACGAUAUGUAAACUAUUAGGGUUUGUUCUUUGCGUAAAAAAGUCCUUCAUUUGUGCUGGACUUAAUUCUCACUACGCAUCACGCAAAUCUCUGCCUCUGUAAACGAGGCAAAGUUAUAUUGAACUGACUGAAUUAAUAUGUCGAAAGCAAAGUUAAACGUUUUGAAUAUUGUAAUAGGAUUGUUUUUGUUUAUAUGCAACUUGCUUAUUCCACAUUAUUUCACAAGAUUGCAUUUCUAGUGAUAUUAAAAACCACUUCUGUUGUAUAUGCAUUUGUUAUAUUUACUGAUUCUUGAAAAAUGUAAUAAUAAUUAUGUACCAGCUAAUCAACAUCUAUAGACAACAGCAUCUCAAAAUUUUUAGAAUACAUGUUUUUAUUGAAUACUUUCUGAAUUAUGGGUUCUGUAGACGGUCAAAUGAUUUAAAGUCUAACAGAUAUUUAUUUGUACAAAUAGCAAUAGAUGUUUGCUAGAUUCGAACCGCUUGAUCUUCUAUGAGCCUCAUUAAACAUCGCACUGAUAAAUUU